AAUGCGAAAGAUGUUUAUUCAUAAAAGAAGGUUAUUUUACCAAAUUCACUUUAUUAAAUUAUCCACCCUGACAAAUUUCUCCUUUCUUCCUCCUCUGUCGAUUUCAUCGUUAGAAUAAAGAAAAAAACCCUAAUUUCAGCUCAGAGAAGCCGAACCAGAGAGAAGAGGGGCAAACAAGAAAAUGGGAGGAAAAUGCCCUCACAGACGCGUCAAGAAGAGAAGGUACUCUCACAAGACCGCGCGCCGCACCAAGUUUCUCGUCAAAGGCGAUGACAUGGUAUACGAUGAGCUGAAGAAGCCGGACGAGGUGAAGAAGCCGUUGCCUGUUGACGAGGACCUCCCGGGGAUGGGCCAGUAUUACUGCGUACACUGCGACCGAUACUUCGCUAAUGUGACCGUUAGAGAUGAGCAUUUCAAAACAAAGCGUCACAAGAAGCGUUUGAAACUGAUGAUGGGACCGGCACCGCACACCCAACUCGACGCCGACUUAGCAGGUGGAAUGGGAAUGCCAGAUAAUGGCCCGAAGCUUAUGUCCAUGUGAAGCCGCGAACAACCUGUUUUUGUUUCUUUCUUUUAUCUGUUUAGAACUUUAGAAGAUGAGGGAUACAAGGCUGAUCCUUAAACAGAAAAUGCUACCUUGUAGUAGUGAGAGAGUUGCCUUUCUAUAAAGUUUUUAGUUUCUAAAAAAAAAAAAAAUGUGCUAGUGGUAAAUCAAUUUUGUUCUUUGUAUUCUUAUGAUUUAUUAUUUCCUAAUCAAUUAAAUCAUCUUUUGUUUA